UUUAGGCUCUGUCUAAUGUUCCUCCUCUUCGGAACUACUUCCUGGAAGAAGACAAUUACAAGAACAUCAAGCGUCCUCCAGGUGAUAUCAUGUUCUUGUUGGUCCAGCGUUUUGGAGAGUUGAUGAGAAAGCUCUGGAACCCUCGGAAUUUCAAGGCACAUGUCUCACCUCAUGAGAUGCUUCAGGCUGUUGUCCUUUGCAGCAAGAAGACUUUUCAGAUCACUAAACAAGCUAUUGUGACUGACGUUUUCCAGGGUUCCAUGAGGAUCUUCACUAAAAAGCUUCCUCAUCCUGAUUUGCCAGCAGAAGAAAAAGAGCAGCUGCUCCAUAAUGACGAGUACCAGGAGACGAUGGUGGAGUCCACUUUUAUGUAUCUGACACUGGACCUUCCUACUGCCCCCCUCUACAAGGACGAGAAAGAGCAACUCAUCAUCCCCCAAGUGCCACUUUUCAACAUCCUGGCCAAGUUCAAUGGCAUCACUGAGAAGGAAUAUAAGACUUACAAGGAGAACUUUCUAAAGCGCUUCCAGCUCACCAAGCUGCCCCCAUAUCUAAUCUUUUGUAUCAAGAGAUUUACUAAGAACAACUUCUUUGUGGAGAAGAAUCCAACUAUUGUCAAUUUCCCUAUUACAAAUGUGGAUCUGAGAGAAUACUUGUCUGAGGAGGUACAAGCAGUACACAAGAACACCACCUACGACCUCAUUGCCAACAUUGUGCAUGACGGCAAGCCCUCCGAGGGCUCCUACCGGAUCCACGUGCUUCAUCAUGGGACCGGCAAAUGGUAUGAGUUACAGGACCUCCAAGUGACUGACAUCCUUCCCCAAAUGAUCACACUCUCGGAGGCUUACAUUCAGAUAUGGAAGAGGCGAGAUACUGAUGAAACCAACCAGCAGGGGGCUUAAAGGAGGCAUUUAGGGCUUUGCCCCAAGGACUUUGGCUGACAGUGGUACAUGAGCAUACUGAAGCUGUAGCAGAAUGUAGGCUGGCAGGUCCCAGGGCCAGCCCAGUUUGUAUGGGUUCUGGCCAUCUGCCUGGGAUGGCGCUACACUAUAACCCAGCUGUUCCUUAAUCAAUUUAUUGUAACUGAUGCUCCUUUCUCCUUCCCAUCACACUCCUAGCUUCAGCAGGGCAGAACUCUUUUCCAGAUGUACAUAACUUACUUUUGAGUAACUAGGAGUAGCUGAAGGAGAGAUCAUUUCUUUGAAACAUCAUGCUUCGGGAUUCUAGGAGUAAACACGAAGCUAGUGACAGCCAUCUGUUAUAUAGUUAGAUAACUUUUGCUGUGAUUCCUGUCACUUCCUGAUGUACUUUUUGGAG